AUGGGAGGAAGGAACGAACAAUGUUAUUUGAUAACUUUUCUACCAAACUGCUUCUGUUACGUCUUGGAUGCUCAUAACAGAUACAGAACUGACAUACUUGAUGCAUUGACUAGGACAUAUAGAGGAUUAUAUGCAGACAGUGACCAUUUCAUGGUGGGAGUAAAAUUUAGACCGAUAUUAACUGUGCAAAGGAACAGAAAAAAUGAAAAGAGAACCGUUAUAAACACAAAACGAUUAGAAAAACAGGAAGACAGAGAUAGAUAUAAGAGAAUAUUAAAUGAAGAGCUAGAGACAGCAAAAAUAGAGGAAUUGUACAGUGUGGAUGAAAAAUGGAAUUUGAUAAAGGAGAAAAUGGAAAAGUGUGUGUCAGAAUGUGAUCAAAAAAGGAGUAAAAGCAAAAAUAAAUGGUUCGAUGAGGAGUGCGAAAGGGAAUUAAAAGAGAGGAAUAAGUUGCGUUUGUUAGAGAUACGUAAGGCGACCGAAGUAAAUAAACUAAAGUAUACCGAACAAUGGAAAGCAUGUAAGAAACUGCUUAGAUAUAAUGCAAGAACAGUUCGUGGAUUCUUGAAGCAAUUAAUCAUGACACGUAGAAGCAACUUUAUCAAUUACAUAGUGAUAGACACCUGA